AUGUGGUCUCUCAAGCAGCGUCGUCAAAUUAAAAAGGACAUACUUCGGGAGCUGAACCAAAAAGAAGAAUCGCGAUUGCAAUCACUCUCGAACGGACGUACCGACCCAGAGGCGAAUCAAUCUCUGCAGUCAUUCACAUGUGGACCUGAAGAUACGCUCAAUCCACAAAACUGGCCGCUUAUUUCAAGAUGUAAAAAUCUUUUUAUAUUGGCAUUUCUCAUAUUUACCCAAGGCUGGGCAGGCGGUUCCCAAUCAAUGGAGAAUUCAGUAGCAAGUUCAACGUUUCAUGUGAGCCAGACCACUGAGAAUUUAGAUACCGCGAUGUAUCUGUUUGGAGUUGGAACGGGCGCUCCAUUUGCGGGACCAUUGUCCGAGACAGUUGGAAGAAAUCCUGUAUAUUUACUGGCUACGUUUUGCUACCUAUUUUUCGUCUUGGGAUCCGCGAAAGCAACCACAUUUGGUGGACGUAUUACCUGCCGUUACUUUGUUGGCUUGUUCGCCAGCGCUACCUUGUCCAUCAAUGGAUCCAGUGUCAGGGAUCAGUUCAGAGAUGUCAAGAGAGCCUUUGUCUUUCCAAUUAUAGCUUGGGUUAAUGUAAUAGGCCCUGUAAAUGCACCGGUAGCAAGUGGUUGGCUCGUUUCUAGUCCUAGAUUGGGUUGGCAUUGGCCCGAUUGGAUCACUUUAAUAAUAUCCGGUGUCGCGUUCUCAAUUGCACUUCUGUUUCUUCCGGAAACAUACCUGCCGCUGCUUUUGGAUUGGAGGGCGAAAGAAUACCGGCGUUUGACUGGCGACAAUAGGUUUACCUCCGAGCACGCUACAUCAGCAAAUUUCCUGGGGCGCCUAAAACACAAUGUUACACUUGGUAUCACAUUUUUCCGAACAGAAAUUAUUGUAACAGUACUAGGCUUCUACCUUCUACUCUUAUACACGCUUCUUUUCACUUCCCUGUCAGGAUUCGAUUUCAUCUUCAAGGACACAUAUGGGCUCUCUACUGGCCUUACCGGUAGUUGCUUCGCCUCUAUUGCAGUAGGGUCGACGCUUUUCACAUUCAGCGCACCAGGCUUAUACAGCUGGGCUCGCAGAGUUACAGAACAUGUGCAUGGAGCAGCCGUUGAACCCGAGUUUCGACUAUGGCCUGCGAUCGUUACGUCGCCCAUGUUGCCCCUAUGUCUUUUCUGGCUCGGAUGGACCAACUACCCUCAAAUUCCUAUAUGGUGCGGGUUGUGUGCUUGUUUGGUAUUCGGUAUUGUCUUAACUGCAUUUUAUGUGAGCAGUUAUGAAUACAUAAUAGAUAGCUACGGUGACCAUUCAGCUAUCGCUCUUGCGAGUGUUACAUCCGUACGGUACUUGGCUGCAGGUGGAAUGGUAAUGGCUACACGCCCAAUGUACACGGCCAUUGGUGUCCAUUGGACAAUGACACUCUUGGGUUGUGUUGCGGCUAUUCUUAGCCCUGCGCCGUUACUGUUCUGGUUCUAUGGACCCAAGCUCAGAUUAAACAGAUAA